UGCCAGCACACAGUUCAAAGUCUGAAUCUGUGCAUUUUCUUAUUUUCCACUCAAAGGAGGUCAUGGCGACAGAGCUUUGGGCAGAAAGAGGCAAACUGGAGUCUACUCCUGCUCUAGGACAACCUGGAUAAACUUCCUAUGGCUUGAAACAAUGUUGUGAACACCCAGAAAGCUGAGAGGUAAAGAUAUUAUUUUUGGCUGGAAGUCCUUAUGGUUGAUGCAGGAACUCUCUUGUUAGUUAUUCAUUGCCUUGGCAAGUCUCAUAAAACAGCCCGUGGAGCCCAGCAAGUGCUUUUCUUCAGUGUUCUGGGAGCUCAGAAAUCCAGGAAUUGAACGAGGCCUUGAACCCAUUUUAUGGGUUCGCUUCUUACCAAACUACCAUAAAAUAUUGAAAUUCAGACCCUAUAAAUAAGGAGGGGAAGGAACUGUGCAUUUCUCAGCCGAACCAGCCUCUCCAGAGACUCUUCCCAAGACAUCACCAGCUGGGCCUCCCAAGAUGGCACAGAGACACAGGCUCGCCAUUCCCUGCGGAGCACCCGUCCUUGCCAUUUCCUUCCUGGCAUGUGUAGCCACAGGUUUGGAGCUGUCCAUAAACAACCACGCUGCCGACUUCCCCCUGUCUACGAGGCCUGGCAGCUCAGUCACCCUCUCCUGCCUCGUCCACAACAGCAGCCGGGCUGAGAACCUGCUCUGGUACCGGGGAGACGGGCAGGUGGGGCUGAAAGAGGGGAAUAAAGUGAACAUCAGCCACAUCUGCGUGUACCCCGUCAACGAGUCUGACAACGGAGUCACCUUCACGUGCAAGCUGGCGCGGGACAAGUCCGUGCAGGUGUCUGUGACCCUGGAUGUGGAGUUUCCUCCCCAGCUGAGCGGAGAGGAGACCCUCCAAAUUGAGGAAGAGAAAGAUGUUACUCUGACCUGCAACUCCAAAUCCAACCCUCAAGCCCAAACAACUUGGUAUAAGGACAACGGCAACUUGACCCUCCAGCAGGGUCGUCACGAGCUCCGCCAGACGAGCGAGGUCUUCCAGCUCUCCAUCAGAAAAGUACAGAAGUCUGACAAUGGGACCUACACCUGCGUGGUGGAAUCUUCCUUGGGAAAGGGGACAAAGGAUUUCCACCUGAUAAUUGAAGAGAAAAAAACUGUUUUUCCCAAGGAGGCCGUUAUUGCUGCUGCUGUAGUGGUUAUAAUCACAAUAUUUUUUGGAAUUGUGGCCCGAAAAGAUAAAUUAUUUAAGUGCUUCAAUAAAUCAAGGGAAACAUCUCUGUAAAGAACACAGGGUUCCUGUGCACACCCAGAAAACGUCAUCUCUAGGAGUGGGACUAAGGCCUUGCGUGAGAUGAUGAGAUAAAGCACUGAAACAAG